AUGGCCCUACUCCUACGACAGCGACUUUUAUCAUCAGGUCUCCCCCGAGAGCUCCUCGCAUGCACAGUUUCAACAACAUCACGCAGCUUCAGCGUGCUCAACCGCCCACCACCAAACUACGAAGGACAUGUUCCUCUCACGAGAAUCGAGAAAGCCGGGUUGGCAGUUGGUUCUGCCGUAUGGUCGCUGAUUGAUCCACGAAGACCGGACUUAAUAGCAGCUCUCGGGGAGGCAACGGCUACUCCAUACUUUAUUUACCGUCUUCGCGAUGCUAUGCUCAUCUCACCAACAGGGCGUCGAAUACUACGCGAUCGUCCUCGGAUAUCCUCGAAAACAAUGUCAAUGACCUACCUGCGAUCGUUACCAGAGAAUACUGUUGGACGGACAUAUGCAGAUUGGUUGGACCGAGAAGGAGUUUCUCCAGAUACGCGCGACACAGUCAAAUACAUCGAUGACGAAGAAUGUGCCUACGUUAUGCAGAGGUAUCGGGAAUGUCAUGAUCUCUAUCACGCUCUCACAGGAUUGCCUAUCUUUCGAGAAGGGGAGGUGGCACUGAAAGCAUUCGAAUUCGCAAAUACACUACUUCCCAUGACGGGACUCAGUAUGUUUGCUGUCACAACUUUGAAACCAGCAGAGAGAAAGCGGUUCUUUCAAAUAUACCUGCCUUGGGCUAUCACGAAUGGAGUGAAAUCGAAGGAGGUCAUAAACGUCUACUGGGAGGAGCAAUUGGAGCGAAAUGUCGAGGAACUAAGGAGUGAGCUAGGUAUUGAGAAGCCAGUAGACCUGCGAGACAUAAGACGACAGGAAAGGGCUCGAAGGAAAGCAGAAACGGAAGCGAAAGAACGAUCGGGUGACAGUCUGGGUAUCAAUUGA